AUGAAGAACUGCUCCGAGCUCGUGGCUCUUGCCCUUUUCGGCUUGGCUUCCUUUGCUCGCGCGGACCGCGACGUGAAAGGUGCCACCGGCAGCGUCGAUGUCUUCAACUACUGCAAGGGCCCCGUCUACCUCCGCUCCGUUGGCGACCACGACCCCCCAGAGACAACCUUGGACCAGGGCGGCCGUUGGAGCGAGCCGUACAAGGAAAAGGACAUCGGCGGAGGCCCGUCCAUCAAGAUCAGAACGGAGGACACUGAGAUCCUCCAGCUGGAAUACACAGCCCAGCCGACCCGUGUUUGGUACGACCUGAGCUACAUCGACUGCUGGAACCAGACAACCCAGUCUGGGCAAAACUGCCCCUUCUGGAACCAAUCUUUCGUCGUCGAGGCUCCGAAUGUCCCCCCCAUCUCCUGCGCCACCGGCGAGAGCUGCCCCUACCCCUAUCGCUGCCCCCUCGAUGACCGACCAGCCAUUUCCACCAUCCCCAACAGUCCUAUCUUCCUCAUGAUGGACCCCACGCAGAAUCUCACACUGCAUCUGUGCCCCUGCGAGAACCAGCCCGACUCGAGAGAGUGCGAAAUGGCCCGGGAUUCUGCCCCGCAGGCUUACAAUUUCAAUUUCGAAACCAUGAAGACCCAUGACGCGUGCCCCGAUGGCAGCGGCAAGAGCAUGGGGUCUCAACGACUUCAUCGUCUUGGGCGUCCUCAGCGCCAUCAGCGCCCUCAGCGCCCCCAGCCUCCCUGUUCUCACCAGUCCCACAAUUCCGGGGAAUUCUACCACCACUGGGAGGAGUCAGAAUGCGAUGAUCUCUCCAAGACUUCAUCUUCUACGGGAGAGAUUCUUCGCGGAUCCCCUCAACCCGGUGAUAAUUCGGUCGACCCACUGGACGAUGACCGUUAG